AUGUCCUGCUUUGCCAAACACAAUGUAUCUUUAUGGGGUGGAGAUGCAUCCUUUCAAAAUCUGGAUUUACGACUAGAGGUAUUGGAGGAACAACUUAAUCUUCCAUUUGUUUUUGUUAGUGGUCAUAUACAUGAAUUGUUAAUACAUGUUCCUUGGGUAAAAAUUACCUCUGAACCGAUAGUUGUUACAAUUAAUACUAUAGAGUGCAUUUUAAAAUUGAAAGAUGAAAAUACCACAGAAGCUAGUACAACGUUGUUACAGAGGAGAAAAGAGGUGGUACAAGAGGAAGCUCCAUCUGGAUACAUAAAAAGCAUAGUUACCAAGGUUAUUAAUAAUAUUACUAUUCAUUGCAACAAUCUCAUCUUGAAAUAUGUGGAAGAGGAUAUUGUGCUUAGCGUAAAUGUUAGAUUUUUAAGUAUGCAAACUGUCGAUAACAAAUGGGAACCAGCAUUUAUGGAAGUCAACGCUCAUGAAGUUAUGCUUAGGAAAGUUAUAACUAUUCAGGACUUGACAUUGUGUUUAGAUAAAAUGGAUGCAUCAGGCAAGAUAGAAAUAUAUCAGGAUCCUGUUUUAUAUCGAUGCUCAAUGACAAUCCGUAUGAUUAUAAAAUAUCAUAAUAAUAUCUCGAAGAGAGCAUCCAUCACAAGACUUGAUCUUCAUUGCGAAAAAAUGGAAUUUAGCGUAACUGAACAACAAGUACCCAUGCUUCUCAGACUGGCAGCCUUGGUAAUGGCGUUGCAAACAAAGCAAUUUCCACCGAGCAAAGAGAAAUCUUCUAUUACUGUAGACGAGAGAGAAGAUAGUGUACAAGACGAUACGAAUCAGAUAGCAGGGUCUUCUACAGAGGUAGUUGGAUGGGGUGGGUGGGCAUGGGACAUGGUAUCGUCCGUUUUACCUGUUGAUUGGGAUAAUGAUUGGUCCACUGAACAGCAAAUGGCUUAUUCUGGCCAUACUGUACAUUUAGGUGUUUACAUAGAUGAUGCUACUUUAACAUUUAAGACUGUUGAAAGUGUCAAAGAGCAACUGUUCUAUAAAUCCCGGAAACUUAGGUACAAAUCGUUGUUAUCACUUCGGUUAAACGGAGUUGUGAUAGAUACUUUAAUUCAAGGAAUUGCGAUGACGACUUUCCAAGUUGGAGUGGCAUGUAUACGACUUUACCCUCGAGAAACUUGCAGUUGUGGGUAUUUAGAAGUUAUUGAUGGUGCACAGCCGCCUCUUUACGUAACAGCUGGGAAGUUAAAUUCUGACUACCUGAAAGAUUCAUUGUUCGAUAAAGAAGCUGUGGAAAACAAGGGAAAGAAAAGAGAUUACAAGCAAGGAGUAGAUCAUCACUUAACGACAUUCUCGGAGGAAAAACUAUUAGAAAGAUGUUCAGCGUUUGUCAUGGAUUAUGUAUAUUAUGUCGAAUUACCCGACGACGUUACUCCCGAAAGGUUGCUCGAACUUGGAUCGAAUUUUGAGUACAGCAAUUUUCAGGAACGUAGGGUGGUAAGGUACCUUGGCAGCGAUCUGACAAUUAGAUUAUGUUCCGGAAUUUUCCAUCGUGUCGAUACCAUUAAGCAAGCCGCAGCAAAUUACGAUUAUGACCCCUACAUUGUGAUAAAGCCAGACCCUCCCGUUGACGAGCUGCCUCCGGUUACAUUGGAAGAGUACGAGGCGCUCAAGGAGAACGUAUCGAUGACGGAAACGAAAUUAAUUUUAAAAAAGGCGUCGUUACAAUUACAACUGGCGGAUCAUUGCGUUGCAGGAGUAUCACGUCAACGUAAAAUUAUUGAAACUCGGGCUACUUCACCAUCUCCUGCUCUUACGGAUGAUCCUUUCGUGAGCAUUGAGUGUGACGAAACAAUCGCCACUAUAAUUCAGCCUAUGUAUCCAUUUAGACUCGUAGCUUGUGCAUCAAAGUUAACGGAGCUAUCACCAGAAAUGUUUUCUCAGUGCCAUGCUAUUACUGAUGUACAAGUGACUGGAGCGAAAAGCCAACUUCACUUGACGAAAACUUGCAACACUUCGAUAGUGAUGCCUUAUUCGGUGGAAGCUUCUUCCAAGAUAUUGUUGUAUCCUCAGUAUUGGCGGAACGUAGACAUGGUUCAAAAAUCGUACUCGUUUCAGUCAGAUAGCGUCACAGUCACGGGAACCAAGGCGAAAUUAAUGGCCGCAGCCUCUAUAGUAACUUCCAUUUUUUAUCCCGCGGAUAUAACAAAUCCUCUUAUCUGCUCUACUCUUUUUAACGACGCCUGUCAGGAAAACUGCCCAGUAUAUUUGGAAUUGUAUCUAGAGAAUAUAAACUGCAAGAACGUAUCGUCUUCAGUCACGGUGUCAAACGAAGUGAACGUAGAUUCUAUAAAAAUAUUUGCCCUCAAUGAUUCCCAGCAGGCCUUUAUUCUUUCAGGUCCAGAAAAUCGUGGUGAAAGUGAUGCAGGAAAUGUACCACUUUUGUCUGCUGUGGUGCAGUUUCCUAAAAAUAUAGAGCUACAGCAGACGCAUCCACCGCUUGUUUCAUUCAAAAUCGCCGAGAUCAGAGCUUCGUUGGAUCCGCUUUUCUUCGAAUGGCUAGAAUAUCAUCCUACUUAUCAAAAAUUUGAAAGCGCGCAUGUACCACGUCCAGAUAGUCAGCAGAUGAUAAUCGAAGGUGCAUCAUCCGACACGGGUACACGGAAGAAGACAUUUCCGAGCUUACACGAAAGCGUGCACAGUUCGUCGGAUAAGGACAAGAAACGAUCAGCCGUAACGGAAAAGUCGAAAACGUUGCGAAACGAUGAAACGCAAAAGAAAAGCGAAUCUAAGAUGGGAGAAGAACAACAGAACUUGCAGAAAUCCGGAAUACUGAUCAGAUUGGCGGAGUUGUAUUCGUGGUGGUGCAGUCUUGUGCUAAAUGGAUACAUUGGACAUAUUGUUAUUUACGUACCAUCCGAUACGAUGAGUGGUAUUGGCGCUGAUGGUAUAGAACAAGCCAAAGACAGAGCCUUAGUGGAAAAUCAAGAUCUGCAAAUAAUGAUCGUAAAAUUACCGAGUCUACUCAUACACUCGUCUAAUCUGAACGCCGAGUUGCUUAGCCCGCAUCUUCAAAAUCUCCCUGUUAAAUUACCGGAAUCUAUGUGGACCUAUCGAGUGCAAAGCUUUCCGUGGACAUUGAGUCUUAUCGACUUUCAUUGCUACACGUUGCAACAGCAGACGCAGAAGAAUUUCAUAAGGAAAGUUACAUUAAAUGCUACAGUGGCUUUCACAACUAAGACAGCUGCAACUCAAUCAAACAUGCUCACUGCCUUAAGCGUUUGUGUACAUAUUGAUAAUUCUCCCAUCAUUGUCUCAGUCUCGGAAGAACAGGUUAUUUUUAUGAGCAACAUAGCGUUAAAUAUCAUAAAGAUUCUGCGACCUCUGUGCGACUCCCGGGAGAACAAAAUGAUUGUGCCACAAAUAAGCAACGAGACGCAAAUCGUUCUCCCUGUUAUACCGCAAACUCCGUCCACCUCGACUCAAAUAAUGUAUCCGGAAGACACGACUACCAAUUCAACUGUAUCUACAACGAAAGAUGAUCCAGGAUACGAGAAAGACGGUCUAGUUCUAACAGCGUGGAUUCAGUGGACUAUAACGAAAGUAACGAUCAAAUUAUACAUCAUGGGGCAAGCGGAUAUGUCUUCUUUAAAAUUAAUGCUGGAAUUAGAGGACAUUAUAACAUCCUUGGAUCUGCAAUCGGUUUACAUGCAACUAAAAAGUAAAAUAACGACUGCAACGAUAUUCCAUUAUAUUAGAGGCCCAUAUUCAUUACAUUGGGAUGUCGGUGAAUACGCCGGCCUAGUACUUUGUGGGAGAGAAGAUAACUUGGAAAAAGUCGAUGAUUCUGGUUUCGUGAGUUUUACGCUUACCCGCGCAAAGUCGGGAAAUGUAUACACGCGUUGGGGCACUCAGAAACGUCACAAAUCCCAAAAGAAAGAACUGUUGAUCGACUCUACAUUGUCUACGAACGGCUACAUCUCCGAAAUACUAAUCAAAAUGCAGAUGGUCGACGUAAUCUUGCCACUAAGUGUAAUUAGCAAAUACACUCAAUUGGUGAGACCUUUUACGUGCCUGAGUUCAUCCAUUGAGAUGGGUGCGGAAAUAACUCGUGGUAAAAGCAUGGCAACGCCAUUAACCGGCAUAACCAAUCUGAGUAAUGAAUCAUUACCAUUGAUACAUUUGGAGUUCAAAGGCUUUCGACUCAUGAUGCCAGCUUCAACCGACGCAAAUAAAUUGCAACAUGAUUUACUGAUGCUCCAGUUGGACGGAAUUCGUAUCACACCCGAUGCGGAAAAUCCAAUCUGCAGAACUCCGUUGCGAACUGAUAUAUACCAGCUGGCUGCUCAGGCGAACAUAUUGAACGUACCAGGUUCGGCCGUAGAAGAUCGCCAGUAUCAAAUUAACGUUAAAGGAGUGUGCGUGUACACCACUACAUGGAAGAAUUAUCAGUUAAGCAUCAACAAGAGAAUGUCUCAAUCAUACCUGUACACUAUGAAUGAGAAUCCUGCAUUGGAAUGGAAUAAGCUGGGAAAUAGUAGUAGUUUAGAUCCAUAUUUCUCCACAUCUCCCGUGUUAACAAAAUUUGAUCUUUGCUUGAUCAUCGCACCGGCUGUCACGUUCAAAACGAACACGAUAGUCUGCGGAAGCGCCGUAGAAGUGAAUUGCAUUACAGAUAUAGAAUUGACAAUAAAUUUGGAUCAAAUUAAAUUGAUGUCAACACUGAAUAAUGAGUUUGAAACGUUAUUAUCCGGAAGUUUCGAGAAUGUGGAAGAUAGACAUAAUUCUAACAAUACAGCACAGAGAUUUUCUUCGGGAUUUCAAAGCACAAAAUCUAUCGGCUGGCUGAAGCAGACGUCAGAUGAUUCAGAUCUCGAUUUUGCAAAAGACAGUGGCGUCGACUUUGAAAUGUCCAGCAUGCAUUCAACAAUCAUUGGAAGACCCACAAGUGCUGAAACUAUGAUGUUCCUGCCCUUCGAAUUUUUAGUGAAUUGCGGAAAGAUAACAUUUAUCCUUUACGAAGUUCAGAAUACAUUCCCUGAUUUAGAGGACGACAUGGAUGUACAGAAAAUUGACAACGAAGAUGACAACGAAAAUGCAAAACAGCCGUUACUUUACCUAAUGAUCAAUCAGCCGAAUAUUUACUUCUCUCAGCAAUAUUUAUCUAAGAAGAUACAGAUAUCUUGUUUCGAUGUGACGAUAGCACUUGGCGACACGCAAAAUCUGAACACGGUACCGACUGAGAAGGAUUUCAAAAUCUACAUGAUAGAAACGAAACACGGUGAUCCGCAUCCUGACACGGGUAUCCCUCCUUCCUUCGCGACGGUAAAAUCGGAAACGGUUCUAGGCAAAAAUCGCCAGUUCCUCAUUGAGAUGGGGCGACCAACGAAAGUACACCUCUCCUUAUCUCGUCUCAAUCAACUUUACCGUAUACAAAAUAAGAUACUAUCGUGUUUUAUUGACGACGACACUUCGCAAGUGCCUGCGGACGAAAAAGAGACUGUGUACGCGGAUUCCCCAAAUUUGACGGUACCGCCGAAGUCGAGGAAAUUCAGUGUACCUGAUUUACAUUUAAGUACAAGGCAGAUCGUGCUGUCUUUAAAGACUGACUCCGGAGCGGAAAUAAUCGGCAGUUUGGCGUCGUUGAACGGAAAUCUCUCGACACUCUCGAGACCGGACAGGAUAUACUCGAACCUGUCCGUGGACUCUUUCAUUGUAUCCGCGAUUUUGAAUAGCAACAUCAAAGUCCUGUUGAAUCCGUGGUGCUGCAACAUAACCACCUGCUUACUUUGGGAAUCUUCGUACAGUACUGAAAUCAUUCCGCAAAUACAAAUACAGGCGGACAGUGAAAGCCUGUACCUCGACUUCGGGCCGGAUCAAAUCAAAAUUAUAAAAAUGGUUAUGCAAGAUUGCCAAUUGCUCUUGAGCGAAUUCGCCUCGUUCUCUGAGAACAAUGGUAAGAACGAGAAGCAAAUUGUAUUGUCGACUGAACAGCACUAUAAGGAUGAUCUCAAGGCUGGUGCAUUCCAGUUUAUCGACGGCACUGCUGACGAACUACCCUUCUCGUAUCAAGUGGUAUUCUUUACCUAUCCUCAGCAAGCGAUGGCUUGGAGGUAUCCGCAACCGCGGACGUUAACGAGAAUACACGUGUCUCCUGUACCAUUUGAAACACUGGAUAUCGAAGGCGAUUAUAUCGACAAGAUCCCCUGCGUCGUCGAGUACUGGAGCGACAGUCAUAUAUCCUAUCAGCGUUACGCCGAUUUCUACCUGUCGGAGACUGACUCCUACCGGCUGGAUCUGCCGGAGAAGGCACCGGCGCGAGCGGUGGCCUGCGUAUGGCGUGUGGUUAUCUUGUCCAACGGUAAACGGCCUGCGUCGAAGAGCGUCGUGUCCGCCCGCGCGCUCGCGGCCUGCCUGCGCAUCGAUUCUUACUUCAACACCUUGAUAAUACCGAACGUGCAGAUCGCCCUGAACAUCGGCGUGCUCCACGUGUCUCUGUACAAUCACAUCGACACGAGCGUGUACAGCAGCUUGCCGCCGCCGUUGGACAGGUACACGUUGAACGGGAGAAUCCCCGAGAUACAGUGCUUCAUGUCGCUGGAGCAGAAAGGGGCCGUGUUGGUGCUUAACAAGUGGAUAGACGACUCCGUGCUGCUCGAUGUCGGCGGUACUCUGAGCGUACACGUGUUAGACUACAGCCACUUGUCCAUGCAAGAGGUGCUGGACUCCCUGGAAGGGAGGUUCCAGUUGUCCUUGUCGGACAAAGUGGACGCGUCGUUCACGUGCAACCCGUUCACGCUGAAGUUGGGUCCGGCGAUAACUCACACCCUCGCGGUCUCCGCCCAUCUCUGGCUGGCGUCCUUCGACAAGAAAGAGAAGAACGCGAUCGUCCUGACGCGCUACGUGAUCGCCAACGACAGCAAUAUACCGAUUCGCUUCGGGCAGAGCGGCACGGGUGACAGCGUGCUGCUCGAGAGCAAGCAGUGUAACUUUUAUUCGUGGCGGCAGAUCGGCAAUCAGAUGAUACGGAUAUCGAUCGAGGAGAACGCCUGGGUGUGGAGCCGGCCUUUCUCCGUCGGUAAGGACGGAUUCCAGGUGGUGGAGUUCAACAACUCGACGACCAACACCGCGGUCUUCGUGAACGUCAGCACGCUGUCCGCCACGCAGAGGCUCGUGACGUUCUCGGGCCAGCUCGUGAUCUCCAAUCAGUUGGUCGACAAUUUCGAGAUGAGGCUGGUCAAGUACGAGGCGGAGGUCGGCUCCAAGGUGACGGUCUCCAAGGAGGUGUACCUCGUGCCGGGCAAGAGCUUCCCGUCGUCCAUCAUGCUCGAGAAUAACAAGAAGAUGGCGAUGCGGCUGCGUUUCACCAACCUGACGCACUUAUCCUGGACCGGGGACAUCCCUCUGCAACCCAACAUCAAGUGGGGCCAGCCUUGGCUGGUGAAGGUGCCGCUGCAGGAGCGCGGCCAGUUCCUGAGCAUCUGGGUGCGAAUAGUCACGCAGAUGAUACAAGACAAGCCGAAGAUUCUCGCGAUGCUGAGCCCCCUCUACAUGAUCCGGUCUCACCUACCGGUACCGGCUAAGGUGCAGAUGGAGACGCCGUCCUUGAAGAUGUCGUCGAGAACGAUGGUGAACGGCCGUGGCGAGUGCCAACAGCUGUACUGUCCCGGCACGUUCGAGCAUUUCCACCAGCUGACGUUCCAACUGGAGUCCGGCGUAUCCGCGUCGAAUCCUUACGUGCCGCUCUCGUACAGUUCCGUGGACCAGCGCAAGUUCUUCCGGAGGCCGGAGGUCGAGGACAUCGACAAGCUUCUGCGAGAGCUCAGGGACCAGAGGGAGGAGGCGCAGUGGCCGUUCCAAGGCGGCGAUGACUCGGAGGAGUGGGUGUCCGCGGAACAACCGCAGACGCACGUGCAGGUGAAGUAUCAGGACGCGGGGCUUGUGUCCAGCACGCUGCUGCUGGAGCUGCAGCCCUGGUGUUUCGUGAUGAACUCGCUCGGCUGCCACAUCUCCUUGGUGUCGGAGGACACGGAGCUCUGCCAGGUCCCGCACUACGGCAUAGUCACGCCGCCCAAACUGGAGGGCACGUUUCACCUGGGCGUCGGGAUCGGCGACACCUACUACACGUCCCAGGCGUUGCAGUUGGCGCGGCCCGACUGGAGCCAGAGCUUCUACAUGCCUCGGAUCGGCGGCCUGAUCCCGGUCGAGGGUAACAUCAAGACGUCCGUCGACUGCGGCGCCAGCGUGUCCCUUUUGAGCAUCAGCUCCUCCAUGCACGAGGACAUGCGUCUGGUGCGCGUCACCAGCAGCCACGUGAUCGCUAAUCUCACCUGUCGGGAACUGUGCGUGGCGACGCUCGCUGUGCACGAGGAGGCGAGAAACCUGCACCUGCCCUGCGACCUCACCCCUUACAGUUUGAACAUCUCGCCGUCGGAGGACCAGAAGCAGGGCGUCCCGAUCGUGCAGUGGUACACGCUGUACACGGAGAGCAACGUCGAGCCGCUCGUGUUCUACGUGUCCUUCAGCCUCGGUCACAAAUGGUCCUGCCCGAUCAAGGUGGACCAAGCUAUGAGCCGCAGGUCUGUCACGAUCCCGAACGGCUGCGCCUCUGUGCCGGUGAUCGUGACCACUCAGGAGGAUAAGGGCACCACGUUCAUCGUGGUGCACGCCGACGACCAUCCGCAAUUGCUGAUCGAGAACGCCUGCUGCUUCAAGAUCUUGCUGGGCCAAGCCGACGAGAGCAGCAACGAGAUCUUGCCGGACAGCGGCCACUUCACGUGGACGUGCGAGGUCGACAGCGGGGCGACGUCCCAUUACUCGCUUCCCUGCGUCAGCAAUCGACUGCCCGACACCGCGGUGCCGAGCGCGUCGAACGUGUUGCUGUUCUCCGCGGUGCAGCCGCCGUAUGACCAGCCGUGCGCGAAGGCGGACCUGAAGUGGUCCAGAGGCGUGAACCUGUCCGCGUUGUCCUCCACACCGAUAGACCAGUAUCUGCGGUUGCCGUCUUACGGCGACGUCAAGCUGAUAAUGCAGAGCCGCUGCUACACCGUUCACAUCAGCAUCGUGCCCAUCUCCCAAGUGGAAGUGUCCGCUCAAGACAUCAGAAGCAGGCUGCUGCGCAAGAAGAGCGCGGGGAAGGACUGCGGGACGAUUAUACACCCCGGUCCUGCGUCACUGAGGAAAGCGGAGGAGGAUCAGAUGUUGUCGCACAUACAGAGCUCGAGCAGCUCGACCUCGAUAAUGAGCUUCUUCUCGGCCCAGGAAGACGUCUUGCCCGCCGAACCUGCUUUUGCCUCGUCAUCGAGCUCGAGACGGGAGUUGAUCUCAAAGGUCACAGACGAGAAAGCUGCCAUCGAGGACAAUCAAAUAAAGCUGGUUAACGAGAGCAGUCCGGCUAACCCCAGGGAAGGCUCCGUCAUGGUUUACCUGCGCGCCUGUACCAUCAUUAUCCUCCACGAUGUCAACGAGAACGCACAGAGAAUCGAAGUCGCGAGUUUGUCGAUGACCGACCUGGUCGUUAACGUCAACUCGAGGACCAGGUUCGUCAAUCUGUGCUGCUACAUAGGCGACCUGCAGUUGGACAACCAGCUGUUCGAUCAGGGCGGCUUCGACUUUCCCGUGGUGCUGAUAAGUCAGAGCCCAUUGCCGAACAAAGAGAUGGUGUUCUACAGUAACAAUUGUCUGAUGUCGAAUAUGGAGCAGAUCAAACGGGGCUCUUUGAUAGCCAUCGAGCACACCUGGGAGGUAAACGGAAUCAUGAUAGCGUCAAAGGAAUGCCGCAUAAAAAUCGCUCCUAUCAGUGCGUACAUCGAGGACACAUACAUAACGCAACUGUUGGAUUACGCGACAUCGAUGAUACCACCGCGUCUGAUACUGAACGACAUCCCUAAAAGGAUGCAGACGGUAGCCGUGUCGAACGCGGCGUACAUACCGGAUUACAUUAUGAUCGACUCGAAGAUUUUAAGCAGGCCACUGCGACUGCAAAACUUCGUGAUAGAACCUCUGUCCAUCUUGUUAAGUGUUCACACGUCCAUACGGCUAUACCUCGCUCUGGAUCAUUCCCCACUAUACUUCGGCACUUUCGAGAGGAAGAAUCUGCUCACCACCCCAUACAGACUUGGCUACGCGAUUAUGAUGCAUUAUUUAUCCGGGGCUAUAUUCGGGGCAGGCUGGGUGGUCGGAUCGUUAGAGAUGCUUGGAUCACCGGGAGGUCUGGCGCAAGCUCUCGGGUCCGGCCUCAGAGACUUCGUAUCGCUUCCAUUCCAAGGACUGUUGCAAGGCCCAUGGGGUUUCAUCGUUGGUAUCACACACGGGUCAGCCAGUUUGAUGAAACACGUGACGGCAGGCACUGUGAAUUCCGUGACGAAACUGGCGUCUAGCGUCGCACGGAACUUGGAUCGCUUGACAUUAGACGAGGAGCAUCUGCAACGACAAGAGGAGUCGCGCAGGAUGCGUCCUCAAGGCAUGGCGCAGGGACUUUACCAAGGCUUGACCGGUCUCGGAAUGAAUCUGCUCGCGGCUGUUGCCGGUUUGGCGCAUCAUCCUCUGCAACAAGUGUGGUCGGGUGAGGCGACGACGAGGAGUUUAGUCACCGGAGUCGGCCUUGGUCUGGUCGGCGUCGUCACAAAACCAUUGAGCGGUGCUGCGGAGCUAGUCGCUCUCACGGGUCAAGGACUUUUGCAAGGAGCUGGAUGGAACUCGUUGCCCACGCCACGUCAAAGACCAAUAGUGCAAUACACCAUCGGUAAUAACAGCACAUCCGUGCGGUACACGUGGCGCUUGUCGUCCCUGCUCGAGCACACUCACGACAGUAUUCUUCAUGUGACCAGCGCGGACCACGUGAUCCACCAAGGCAGUAAUCGCGCGGUUACGCUUGUUCUCACGCGACAAGCUUUAUUACUGGUCAACAUGGCGGAGGACAGCGUGGAAAGGAUAUUCUCGCUGAGGGAGCUGACGAGCGUCGAUCAUAUCGCGGAAGCGACGAUGCUCUGCUUGUAUUGCCCACCAGCUGCUACGCAAUCCAGCCGAUCGUUAUCACCGGCUGAACACGAGAUGGACCAAGAGAUGAGGGCGCGAGUCGCCGAGUAUGUGCGGACAAGCAGCACCGGCUUGGCCAGCGUGUCAACCAACAGUGACCGACAAUCCGACACCUUCGAGAGAGCAUCUCCCCAUCCGGAACACACACUCACGUUCUACGUUUGUCCGGACACCCGCAACUACCUGCUGUCGUUGUUCAACAUCGCCAAACGACAAAAUCAGGGUUUCGGUUUUGCUGUGUUGUAACAGGAUAAAUUUCCAGUCAGUUGCAAUUAAGCAAGCGCAUGCGAUGACCAGAACGAAUGUUCCACGUAUAAUUCGAUGUAUCAAAUUAAAGGUACGUUCGAUUCCAAUAUGUUUUCUGGAUACGGUACCGAAACGUAUUUAUCGGAUUUUGGGGAAUUUCAUGUACUUCGAGCUUACCAAGCCAUGUGGAAGCAGUAUUACCACGUGAAUUAAAGAGACUCGCAAAUACCCAAGUAAAUACAAUUUAGAUUCCAAGCUCUUCAGAUCUUUUUUGGACGUCCAUUUCUAUUUUUAUUAAAAUAUAUCGCACAUAUAUAUUGAUGCUUACGUUUUACUUAAGAAUUGUUUACGAGUUUAUAAUGUAUGAAUUUUAUUGUAAAUUCAGGAUAUGAGUUAAGUAAAACAUAUAUAAAUUGUAUAAAAUA